AUGCCUUCGAGUGAAUCCGGCGAGACCAUGCGGGAUCCGUCCCCAUACCAUAGGAUCAACCGUCUGGAAGAGAUCGAAGCUCAGUCCCGCUAUGAAGAAGAGGCGGCUGAUCGAGGCAUCGGUGCCCUUCACAACAUUCGCUCGCGAACUCGAAGCCGUACAAACGAGGUUCUCGUCAAUUGGGAGUUGGACGACCCCGAGAACCCAUACAACUGGUCAAAGUCGAAGAAGAACCUGGUUCUCUUCUACACGGCCGUGCUAGUUAUCAACUCCACCAUGGGCUCUGCCCUGCCUAGCUUGGCCAUCCCUAACAUCGUCGAGGACUUUGGCAUCACCUCUCAAGCCGGGAAAGUCUUGCCUAUAUCGGUCUACCUCAUCGGUUACGUCUUUGGCCCCAUUAUCUGGGGCCCUUUGAGCGAGCAUUUCGGCCGGAGAGAUCUCAGCUUCGCCACGUUUGGCCUGUUUACUGUCUUCACCAUGGCUUGCGCUCUCGCCCCCAAUUGGCCUGCCCUGCUCAUCUUUCGCUUCUUCUGCGGUGCCUUUGCAAGCUCGCCUAUUGCUAUUGUUGCUGGUAUCUUGGCCGAUGUGUAUAAUGACCCCCGAACAAGAGGGAGAGCGUUUGCCAUCUUCAUGGUGUGUACAACUGGAGGCCCUAUUCUUUCUCCCAUCAUCUCUGGAUUCGCUGGUCCUAGCAUUGGCUGGCGUUGGGUCUUCUGGAUUGCCCUCAUCGUCGCCGGCGUGACCCUCGCUCUCAUUGCUUUUCUCCCCGAGACGUACGGACCAAUCCUCCUGUCUCGCCGUGCCCGCAAGCUCCGCAAGGAAGACCCAGCUUCUCGAGCUAUUGCCCCUCGCGAUCUUGAGUCGACAGACCUUAGACAACUCCUCACUGUGGUUCUCACCCGACCCCUUCGCAUGCUCAUCUUUGAACCCAUCGUCAGCACUACAUGUGCCUACCUUUCUCUCGUCUACACCAUCUUCUACAUGUCGUUCCAGGCAUUUCCUAUCAUCUUUCAAGACGUGUAUGGCCUCUCACCCGGUGUCACAGGCCUCGCCUAUCUCCCCAUCUUUUUUGGCGCAGCCAUCACUCUGCCCAUCUUCUGGGCCUGGGACAACGCCCUAGCCCGUGCUACAGCUCGCGGUGCCCCCUGGGUUCAACGUGAAGAAUAUCGUCGUCUUCCUCUGGCCUGCCUCGGUGGCCCCCUCUUCGUCAUCUCCUUGUUCUGGCUCGGCUGGUCCGCUCGUGAAGGUGUCUCCUUCAUCGCACCCAUGCUGGCCGGCAUCCCCUUUGGCAUGGGUUUCAUGCUCAUCUUUAUGGCCAUGCUCAACUAUCUCACAGACGCCUACGAGAUCUUCGCCGCUUCCGCCAAUGCCGCUGCCUCUACCUGCCGCUCCCUAUUCGCAGUCGUCCUACCCCUGGCCACAACCCCCAUGUUCCGUCGCCUUGAAAUUCCCGGUGCAUGUUCCCUUCUUGGAGGUCUCAGUGCCCUAAUGUGUAUCAUUCCAUUUGUCUUCAUCUGGAAGGGUCCUAGCAUUCGCGCCCGCUCUCGCUUCUGUAUUGCGUUGCGUGAACGAAAGGAGGAAAUGCAGCGCAAAGAGGACGAGGCGAGGGCUCGGCUGGAGCGUAUUGAGUUGAGGGACAAGGAGGAAGAGAAGGAGAAGGAAUACGUCUAA